UUCGAACGGUUAGUCACAUAAGCUUUGGCCUUAACAAGAGCCGGAUCUCUUUUGUUUCAUUUCGUUGUUUUCGACGGGCCAGUGAUGUAAGUUUCCGUCACAGAGGACUAAGAUUUAGGCUGAAAUUCCCGACAGAAACUUCGUGAGUGGUUCUUUGCAACGUGUAACAGAGCUUGCAACAACGCCUCGUUUCGGAUUUGUUAGUGCUUUCUGUUUCUGAAGAAUACCGUUCAUUCAAAUCAGCCUUCAAGACCUUCGGAAGCCGGCUCACGUCUUCGCAGACUCAGUGCAAAAUGCUCUCCAUCAGAUUGACGUUGGCUGUUACGCUGUGCUUCAUAAUAGUAGCUGCCCAAAAUGCCCCAACAUUGCCUGACCCGGAUUAUUUGGACGACAUCAGGGAAUACGGGCAGCAUUACACUGACGAAGUGGCGCACAAGUACAGGGAACAAAUCAACAAGAUGGAUAUGCUAGACGUUGAUGACUACCCCGACGAUGACGACGAAGAUGAAGAUUACGACGAUGAUGAGGACGAGGACGAAGAUGAUGACGACGACGACGAUGGUGAAGGCGGAUGCGGCGAUGGUGGUGAUGACGAUGAUGAUGACGACGACGACGAUGAUGACGACGAAGAGGACCUCAGUCCUGUCGAACAAGUCAUCGAAACUUUCUUCACGAGAUAAAUCACACGCAAUGUAAUUAUCGGCUUCGCGUCCUGCUGCAUGCUGUGGUGCAGUGUUUGUCUAUUUUUGUUUAUGAUGUCCAUGUGUACGUAUUUCACGCAUGUUUUCCUUUAGUUUUUUACUAUUAUUUUUAAUCUGUUUUAUUCAGCUUUUUUCAAACAUGUUUAGUUUUGCCGUAAGCAUGUACUUUUUAUCAUUUAUUACCAGAAGUGGUAUAAGUCUUGCAUAAUUUCCUGCGCUUUCUACUUAUCAAUUUUAAGCAAAAAAACUCAAAGUAGCAAAACUCAGUUUAGAAAGAAUAGUGCUUUGUUUUUCUGUGUAUUUUAUUUUAGAUUAGAACGAGAUUUUCUUGUGAUUUAGUUAAAAUAUGUGCCUUGAUGCUCCCGUGAGUCUGUUACAAUAGUAAAGGUAAUAGAAGUUUUCCUGUGUAUUUUAUUUUAGAUUAGAACGAGAUUUUUUUGUGAUUUAGUUAAAAGAUGUUCCUUGAUGUUCCCGUGAGUGUUACAAUAGUAAAAGUAAUAGAAAAACCCAAGAGGCUGAGGGCUUUUUCCUUAUUAGCUGUUAAGAUUUUUUAGAGAUCUUUUCCAUUUUUAGCUGUUAAGAUGUUUUUAUGUACCUUUUGAAUGUUAUACGUCAUAUCUCAAAACUUUGUUAUGCCUUUCACACUCAUAGUUGCUGUGAAUCCAGAGUAAUGGAAAUGAAUAUUUUAUUCGUUCUAUCUCUGCAAAAGUUUUAGCCUCUAUGACUCAAUCUUAUAUUAUUCAUUCUAUCUCUAUUCCUCAUCUAAAUAUUAAUUUCCAUUUACGGAUUCAUGGCAACUGAAUGUGAAAGGCAUAAUAUUUGUCCAUAACUUAAUAAUUGUAAUAUGGAUUUCUUUCCUUAAAUGCAAAUGGUUUACUUACUUCAACAAUUAUUUCAGCAAUAUCUCUUUUACCUAUUAUUGCUUCCAGAAAUAGCUCAUCAAAUACCUCUGUGUUGUUUUCUGUUUAAAUUUAGUUUAAAUUCAUUUACUGUAAUUGUAACCUUGCAAGAAACCUAUUAGUAAAUUCAAAUGUCAAACAUAAUUCGUUAUUGGUGUCACUUUUAUUGUCUCAGUAUAUACAAAUAAGGAAGAAAACCGUAGUCACUUUUAAACAAAUCCUGCUUAGAACAUAUGAUUCUCGAUAAUAUAGCCAUGGUCACUUACUGGAUGCCAAAUAUAAGACAUAUGACCACUCACGAGCGGUAUUUGGCAUCUAAUUUGGCUUCCAGUAAGACUUCUGAAAACUCACGAGUGGUAUUUGGCAUCCAGUAAGACAUCUGAAAUCUCAUUAGCAGUAUUUGGCCUCCAGUAAGACAUCUGAAAUCUCAUAAAAUAUUUGGCAUCCAGUAAGACGUCUGAAAUCUCAUAAACAGUAUUUGGCAUCUAGUAAGGCGUCUGAAAUCUCAUAAACUGUAUUUGGCAUCCAGUAAGACGUCUGAAAUCUCAUGAGCAGUACGCUAAUAACAGAAGAUUAUUAAACUGCUAUGCUGUUCAACUGGCUACUAGAAAGAGUGAGAGAGGAUUAUUAAACUGCUAUGCUGUUCAACUGGCUACUAGAAAGAGUGAGAGAGAAGUUUCAUUUUGGUUAUGUGAUAUAGCAGUGAAAAAAUCUUUGAAGCAUAGCAAAAGAAAGCACAAAAACUUCAUGCAUUGAAAUUUAGACAAUUAAAAAAUCUAUUUAUCAUUGUGAUGAUCCCUAUUUCUUUUACUCAGUCAUGCUUGUUUUCCACCAGAUUAAAUGAUUCGUUGAAAAUGCUUUCGUGAACUCCUCCAACAUGACUUAAAUAUUUGCUCUGCGUAUCCUGUGGUCAGUUGAUGAUCAUAUUUCUAGUCUUGCAAUUAAUCGUUAACUUGAGAUAAUUCCCUAUGGCUCAGGGCUUUCUGUAUUUCCUUCAUCUUCACUGGGUGGGUCAUCGAAAACUGAAGAAAAAAAGGAAAGUUAUUAAAAUUUUAAUUUUCUUAAAGCAAUAGUUAAAAGUAUGAGUUUUGUGUGUUCUUAUCGCUUUUUACUUUAUAUCUCUAGUUGUACGGCAAACUAUGUUCAAUAUAUUUUAGGGAAAAAUGAUAAUGAAAUUGCUGCACUGGAAAAAGUAUAUAAUAUGUCUAAUAUUGCCGCCUUGGAAAUAUUACAGCUAUAAUUGAAAAGGGGGCAUUUAUAGUCUUUAAUUUCGUUGUUUAUUUCUGUAAUAAAGACUUCAUUUAUA